CAAGACGAUUGACCCUAAAGUUGCGUUUCCCCGGCGAGCACAGCCCAAGAUGGUCACAAGAACAAAGAAAAUAUUUGUAGGUGGAUUAUCGGCUAACACAGUAGUGGAAGACGUGAAGCAAUACUUUGAACAGUUUGGCAAGGUAGAGGAUGCCAUGCUAAUGUUUGACAAGACGACCAACAGGCAUCGAGGAUUUGGCUUCGUAACUUUUGAAAAUGAAGACGUGGUGGAAAAAGUCUGUGAAAUUCAUUUCCACGAAAUCAAUAAUAAAAUGGUAGAAUGUAAGAAAGCACAACCUAAAGAAGUGAUGUUUCCACCAGGGACGAGAGGAAGGGCACGUGGAUUGCCGUACACCAUGGACGCUUUUAUGCUAGGGAUGGGAAUGUUGGGUUACCCGAAUUUUGUUGCAACAUAUGGCCGAGGAUAUCCUGGAUUUGCCCCAAGUUACAGUUAUCAGUUCCCAGAUACUCUAGAGCUACACACAGACACGCACACGCACACAGGGACCCGCACACCCCUUCCCGUGCUGGCCUGUGGUUUCCCAGCAGCGGCUUAUGGACCAGUAGCAGCGGCAGCCGUGGCGGCAGCAAGAGGAUCAGGUUUUGUUUUACGUGCAAACAGACCUGGCUCCAACCCAGCGCGGCCCGGAGGCUUCCCCGGGGCCAACAGCCCCGGGCCCGUCGCGGAUCUCUACGGCACGGCCAGCCAGGACUCCGGCGUGGGUAACUACAUAAGCGCCGCCAGCCCGCAGCCGGGCUCCGGCUUCGGACACGGCAUCGCCGGACCUUUGAUUGCAACGGCUUUUACAAAUGGAUACCAUUGAAACGUUACACAUGGUUGGUUGCCAUCUCACUUGGAGAGUCUCUCUGGAUGUCCGGGCAAGACAGGGCGAAGUUUCUGAAGGGCCCCACGGUUGGGUGAUCUCAUCAGACUUUGAGCACUACAUCAUCAUCAUCAUCAUCAUCAUCAUCACCGCCAACGCAAACUGGAUGUGGCACUCGAAGGACUUGGGUUGUUUAAAAUCUCUCUCAUCAUCUCAUGAAUCUGCUGUACUAUAAAAACAACAGCUUUUAAAAGUAUGUAUAUAAAACCCAUUUCUUGUUCGUUUUAUUUUCUCGAUGGGUCCCUCCUCCCCUCUUUUUAAGCCUCUCCAAACCCACAUCUUUUCGUAGCCUUUUUGACAUAGUCUCGUAGCCACGUAGUCGGAAUUCUUUGUGUAUGUAGCGAGAGCCUAACCAUAGUGUAACUGUUAUAUUAAGGGGUUUCUUUUGCUUUUCUUUCCCACCUCCCCUCCUCCUCCUCGUCCUCCUCCUCCUCUUCCUCCCUUCUGUUUUACGUAGUUGUUGUUGCUUAAAGGAUGCUGAGAUGGUGACAGGAGCCUGGGCCACGGGGGGAGCGGAGCCAGCGGCGGGUGCGGCACGGGGGGCUGGCAGGGCACGGGGAGGGGGGAGCAACAGGUUCUCUGGCCCUUCUUUUCCUUUGUGGCGUCUUGGUUACUCUAAUUCUCUCUAUUUUCGGCAAUAAGGCGAGGGCGACAAACUUUUUGCGCGUCCUUUUUCUAUAUAAGUGCUUUUUUUUGUUGAAAGAGGUGAUAUAAGGUUUUUUGAAAUUGUGAAUUCUGAAAAAAAAAAAAAGAAAAAAAUAAUAAAAUGCUGUAAAUACAAUUCCAUUAACUACAUAGAAACUAUUAAGAAAGAGAAAUACAAACCUAUUUUUGUGAUGGAGUCAGCCUAAGGCAGUUUCUCUAUGAAAAUGGAUGAAAAAAGACAAGGAAGUUGUAGCCUUUCGGAGCGACUGCCGGAGCUGGCCCGGGGGGCUGUGAUGCUGUGGGACCCUCCCAGCUCGCCCAGUUCAUACCAGCAGCUCCGCUCUCAGACGUGCACAGCUUACAAAGGAACAGUCUAGUGGGAUUUUUAUUUUAAUUUAAAACCUGCUUUUCCCAAAACUGAUCAAGAAGCUACAAUUUUUCCUACUUAGCGCAUUUACGGUUCAAAGCACACCUUUAUUUUGGUUUUGUUUUUGGUUUUUUUUGGUUGAUUGUUGUUUUUGGUUUUUUUAGACAUUGUUUUAAACUAGAUCAACUUGCUGUCCAGUCAUUUCAGCUGCUCUGUGCAGGCAGAGCAGCGUCCAGCUUGCAUGAUUUCCUUUAUUAUCCAUCACUUUCUGUAUUAUCAAAUUAGAAAAUAACUUUGGUUGGUUUUGUUUUUUUAAUUUUUUUUUCUUUUAUUUUUGUUUGGUUUUUUUUUUGGGAAUACCUCAGUGCUACAAGUUUCACCCUAGAAGCAACGGAAGAUUUUAAUUUAUUGUAGUUGUAAACAGAAUUUAAAAGAAAUAAAGUAUAAAACAUCAUUGCACUGUGACUGGUAGGGGAAAAACUGACAGUUUCCUAUUUGCACAUGUUUAAUAUUUGGCUGUUAUAUAUAUGGUCCUCUGUUGGGGGAGGAAACUUAUGAAGGAUAUUUUUUAAUUUAAUUUUUUUAAUAUUGGUAAAUAGGCCUGCAACAGCAAACUAGAAGUACAACAUGGUAGGUGGCAUUAAGAACAUACUGUAGUGUGGAUAUAUUUCUUCUUUUUUUAACGUAAUAUUGACAAGUUUUAUUAAUAUUUUUUUAAAUUGUUACGUUUAUAAAUUUGGUACUUUAGGUACAGCCAGUAUAAGACACUGAAUGCGACAUUUGUUAAAAAGAGCUGCUGCACUCCUAUUUUUGUAAAUUUUACUAACAAGUAGACUAAUGUAGACAUUCAAUAGACAAGGUAGAGCAAGGCAUCUUUAACAAAUCAAGGCACCAUACUGCUAACCGAAAGGAGAAACCUUGUUUUUCUUGUUUUUAAAAAAAAAAAAUCAUGCUUUUUAUGUAAUAUUUUAGGUUUUUUUCUUAUUUCAGAACAACCAGGUUUAAGCAAAAUGCUGGACGCUUUUUAAAUAUUGAGACUUGAUCAAGUAAUAAAAGAAAUAAAACCGAAUUCUUUAAAAAAUAAAAAGGUAAAAAAAAAAAAAUACUAUGAACCAAAUUCCCUGCGAUUCAGUGUGUGGCGUCAGGGAAUUUUUUAUUGCUAUUUUGUCAAUGUUGAUGAUGUACUGUACUACCAGUUGGUUUUCCUCUCCAUUCCCUGUCACCUCAUAGAAUAUUCUUUGUUGAUCAUUGUUGUAUGUUAAUAGUGUAUAAAAUGGCUUAUCUUGUAAGAGUGCUGUCCUGAUGGUAGUGUAGUGAAUUUUUCCCCCCUCUUUCUCUCUUCCUCUUCUAGUACAUAUUGGUAGGUGUAUCGUAAUUAAGGUUAAAAAUUUAGAUGUAGUUAAUCAGAUUUAGGACCAGUAAGGAUAGAACUUUCUCUUAUUUAAGAAAAAAAAAUUGCUAAUAAUUUUGGGAAGGUUUUCCUUUUUUUGGUUUUUUUCUUCUCUUUUUUCUUUCUGUGCUUUUAUUUCCUUGUUUAUUAUUUUUCUUUUGUUGAUCUGAUGCGGUUUCAACUAACCAAAGGUCUCACAAUGUUAAAAAUGCUGGCAAACUCUUAAGGCAUUUGUAGAUCCCCACCCUUGACUUUGGAAAGGGGAUGUGCCAUACUACCUUAAAUGCUAAUGCUAGAUAUGCAAAACUGGAUUUUUUUAAUUUAUUUUUUAAAAGAGGGAGGCACGGUAUAUUAAAACGAUUUUACUAAGAGAAAAAAAAAAACAUAUUUUUUUAAGAAUGCUCAGAAGAAAUUGCUAAUCUGUGUGAAUAUGUUUUAGAUGUUUAUAUACCUUUUGAGAAGUCCCAGUGGCCCAUAGCACAAAUGUCGUGGAAUCCAAGAUGUUUUGAUGUGGCUACCUAGACUAAGGUUCACGUUAGUCCCCCACUCAUCUAGAAAUCAAUUUUAAAGGAUUUUUUUUUUCUUUUUCUUCGUUUGUUUGGGGGUUUUUUGUAAAUUUUUCAGCACAGAGGUUCAGCUCCACCUUUGUUUUACUCAAGCCCAGGGAGCGAAGGCCGGUGGAGCCGUGGACUGGUUGGGUUGGAGGGACCCUACAGUGCCACCCUCCAUGGCAGGGACACCUCACUCUGUCCCAGGGGCUCCAAGCCUGCCCAGCCUGGCCUGGGACACCCCAGGGACACUCACAGCCUCUCCAGCCCUCAGUGCCAGGGAAAAGCUCUUGGCCCAGCCUGGCCAACACGAGGGGCUCCAGGCACUGGGUGACCUGGGCCAGGGACAUUUCCGAGGAGCCACAGGUGCUUGGGACCCUCCCCCUUCAAAGAACCCGAGUGCUUUGUGAUCGGCUCGAUUAAAGCAAAGCCUGAUCUGUCCUUUGGGGUUUUUAUUUUUUCUUACACUUCAUAAAUGUUCAUUUUGAGUUGAAUUUGUAGCUUGGACUUUAAGGUAGCAUGGCUCUCUUUGCUGUAAGUUGUUUUUUUUUCCAUUGUACAGCAGCGUCUGCUGGUGAAUGUCACACAUCUUGCUAGGCUUAGUUAAACCAUUGGGUAAUUGUGGGUGAAAACGACCUGAAAGGUGUUGGGAUUUCUUUUCUUCCCUGCUUUCAUCUGUAGUGUGAAUGAGGGCUAGCAACUCCAGCCACACGUCCCUUCUUGUUUCGUUUCUGCCAUUCACUCAAUGCAACAUAAUCAAUAAUAAAGCAAUAUAGUUUACUACAUUUUUACUCAAGGCCAGCCAUGGUUCUGUAUGAUAUUGCAUAUGAAACUGUUUACAAAAAUAAAAAAAAAACAAAAAAAUAAAAAUAAAAAUAUAAAAAAAAGAAAACAAAAAAAACCCAACACUAACUCAUAGCUGUCUUUUAUGCUAUGGAGAUGUCUCUUGGGUGGAAUCUUCUGAAUUCUUUUUUUUAAUGGUUUGGUUUGUUUUUUUAAAAGCGACACAGUUGAGAGAGGGAGAGCUGAGGUUAGUGUUAGGGCAAAGAGACAGGAUGCAUCGAAGACACACCGGCAGAUCCCGGUCUGCGCACAGACACUGUAGAGUUUCCUACGUACAGAAUCCAUCGACCCCGUGCGAACACUACGUGAGGAGAUUCUGUAAGCUAAGCAAUACUUUAAUACUGUAAUAAAAUUACCAAAAAAAACCACAAUAAUAAUAAUAAAUAAUAAUAAAUAAUAAUAAUAAUAAUUUUUAAAAAGAGAAAAAAAAAUGUAGUUUGAGAAAGCAAAUCCUCGUGGUCGGUUGUGGGCCCCCCCAGCAGUCUGACUGUGUUGUGUGGAGAGCUCGGUGUCCGAGCAGGGCCCGGUGGUCAGCGGGGUCAGCCCCGGCCCCAGAGCCCCUCGGGCUCGUCUGUCGCGUGACCGUCGUAGGUAGCACCCCCUUCAUUCUCUGUCGUACGAGGUCUGAACUCCCAUCAGUACUAGGAUGCAAGUGAGCAUUUCAGGUGGUCAUAAAUGUACCUAAAUAAACUAUGGCACAGUGGCAGGCCUAGCCCUUCCUUUUAUACUUUAGUAUGAACUGAUGAGAACUUUGGUAGUGACUUUUUUUUUAUAUAUAUACAUAUAUAUAUGUAUCUAUAUAUAUCAAGCAUCUUUCAGGUCUCUGUGUAUGGCUUUCUGAAGCCCUGUUGUAAAAUACUAUGUGGAUGGGGGUCUCUCACAUCACAGAUGUGGAAAGUAUAAUUUUAUAUUUGUAUUUUCAAAUAAAUAAGUUUGUGAAAGGUUUCCAUCCUCUACUGUGGUCCAGAAAUCAAUGUGUUUGUCUGACAAAAAAAUACAAUAAACUGUUUUGAACAGA